AUGGGCAUCCCUGUAGGAGAUGACUGUUUGGUUACAUUGAAUUUUACCGAUGAUCGGGUGGUCAUAGCUCAAGAUACUUACAACCUUGAAUUCAUGAUGAGCAGAUUAAAUUCGGCAUACACGGAAUGGGGCCUUACUGUGAACAUUGAUAAAACGGAAUAUCUAGUGACCAAUUCAGAUGAUAAAUUUGACAUUUUUAUUACUGACAAUGUAAAGCUCAGACAGGUUGAAUGGUUUAAAUAUUUGGGGGCACGUAUAACCAAAAAGGGACUGGACAAAACAGAAGUAUCUGCUAGAAUAGAACAAGGGCGGAAGAUUAUAGGAGCACUGAAUGGCAUCUGGUGGGAUAAAAACACAAGACCAAACACAAAAGUACAUAUUGGAAGAGCCCUAGUGGAGUCGGUAGUAACUUAUGGGUGUGAAGUUUGGACCUUAAAAGCUGAACAAAAGCGAGCUUUGAAUGCACUCGAAAUGGACUAUUUGAGACGCAGUGCGGGAGUAUCUAAACUGGACAGAGUUAGGGACGUGUGGAAAUCAGAGCCAAAACGGAUGCCACACAGACAGUAG